AUGGAUGUGCAGUCUGGAAGAAGGAAGACUAGGGAGCCGAAGGAGGAAAAUGUGACGCUUGGGCCAGCUGUGAGGGAAGGAGAGCAAGUAUUCGGGGUUGCUCAUAUCUUUGCAUCAUUCAAUGACACUUUCAUUGUGGCACAUUUAUCGGGGAGGGAAACACUCGUUCGUAUUAUAGGUGUUAUGAAGGUCAAAGCUGACAGGGAUGAAUCAUCUCCAUAUGCAGCCAUGCUUGCAGCACAAGAUGUUGCACAGAGAUGCAAGGAACUUGGGAUCACUGCUUUACAUAUUAAGCUGCGAGCUACUGGUGGGAAUAAGACAAAGACACCUGGUCCUGGUGCUCAAUCUGCUCUUAGGGCCCUUGCUCGCUUUGGCAUGAAAAUUGGCCGCAUUGAGGAUGUAACUCCCAUCCCUACAGACAGCAGCACCAGCAGAAAGGGCGGAAGAAGAGGGAGACUGUAGUUCAUCAACCGUUGUUCUCUUCCCUUCCAUUUUUCUUGGUGAACUUAUUUUAGUUGCUACCAAAGGGUUUUUAGUUGUUCAACGAUGAACAACGCUUUGAAAUCUGUAAUUUAGCUGAAGCUAUGACCGAAAUGUGCAUAAUCCUAAUUUCAUGUCGAUUGAUCUCCACAAACAUGGAAUGAAUGUUGACAGUGACUGCUUGGUUGCAAGCCAUGAAUUCUAAAUCUGCACCGUAUCGUUCGGACUGGAUCAAA